ACGGUAAGUCACACCCCUCUAGAAAAAAGGAACGGACGAAACACAACAAUGGAGAACGAAGGAACUCCUCUUCGAAUCUUCGUUGUCACUGCCCAAAGUCUUCGACAGCACCCGUUUUAAAAAAAUCGGUCUUAAAUGUCGGAGACUACAGUAAGCGCGUCGGACUGGAUUAAAGGAAUAUCUUUGUCGAUACUGGCUUCCAUGAUUGGUGGUGCGUCGAAACUAGCAAUUCGCAAAAGUUGGCUCCUGCAGCAACGCUGGGAAGACGAAAUUGAAAACCAUCUCCACGCUGGGGAUUCUCUUCUACGCAUUCGCUCGAUUGCUUCUCUGGCAGAAUCUUCCGACAGUGAAGACGGCCUCGAAGAUGACGAAGAGAAUUCGCGCACGCUCGCCGUCGUGGCGAACGAAAUAGACUCAACGGACAGCGUAACUGACAAUGAUGAAGCACGAUUGCGAUACGAGAAUGCAGGUUUGGAAAUGAUGGAGGCCAUAAGGAAGAAGCAACGCUACUUGGCUUACACGCUAAGAGGAAGCGGAAUGUUUGGCAUGACAUGUUUGAAUCCGCUGUGCUGUGUGCUGGCUAUGAACUACGCUUCUCCCAGUAUUCUGGCACCGUUUUCGGGUCUUACACUGGUGUGGAUCGUACUCCUUAGUCGACCCCUUAUAAGGGAAUCUCCAAGCAGGCGCCAAGUCGUAGCGGCAGUUUUCAUCAUCGUAGGCGAGGUCGUCGUAGCAGUCUUUGGAGAUCAUAAAAAUGAUGAAGGCAAACUUGUUGCGCACGGAAAAAGGAAGUACCUCGAAGGAAAUCUAACAAGGCUUUCUGUUAUCCUUAAUAAGCGCCAAUCCUACUUGGAGGUAUCCUUUAUGUUGUACUUUGGUGGCACUGUUUUGCUGAUGCUUCUUCUGGUUCACUGGAUGCGUAGCGGUUCACCUAUUCUCAAGCGUUUUGCGUGGGGCGUGUCUGGUGGUAUCAUAACGGGUCUGCAAAAUUUUCUGAAAGACUCGCUCAUCCUUAUCAAGGCGGUGAAGAUUUCCGACGCCGAAGAAUCGUAUCCUUGGUUUGGAGUCCUUCUGAUUGUACUGGCUGUUUCAACAUCGUUUGGUGGGCUGCUGUUGCUUACCGCAUGCAUGAAACGAUUCGAUGCCACGUACUCGUCUGCCAUGUUUGUGGGUUCCUUCGUAGUUUCGGCCAGCAUUAUGAGCGCUAUUCACUACAACACUUUCAGCCAAUUGCAAUCGUUGGCUAAUUUAAUCCUGUAUCCCGCAGGAUUGCUUAUUCUCAUGGCUGGAGUUCUCAUUCUUGUGCAAGAAAGCCGGAAACACUCUGACCCCGGCGAUCGCGCCACAAUAGUAUUGGAGGAUCCGGCUACGCCUCGCCAAAGGAAUGGUCCCGUACGCUUGGUGAGUUAUCAACGCAUGCGGAAUUGGUAAGCUUUAGGAAGAUCCAAAACAGCUCAUUCCUGUCUCAAAACCCUUCUUAGGAACAACCGUUAGUGCCAGGGGAGCAUAGUAUGAUCAUUUAGACUGCUGUUUGGCACUAAUCGGGUUGAUCUUUCUCUAGCAACUCCUCAAAUCAAGCCUGCUCUCCAAAUUGGUCGUCGGUACAAACGAAAGAGCUUUCCGUUGCUGACAUUUCGGAUUUUCAAUAGCUUCGGAGACUGGUUACAGCGGAAGAUGCUGGCUUUCUGUCGAUUUCCUCGUGCAAGGCAUCUUCGUCAGCGGACGAAGCUUUCGAAUCAUGCCAUGUAUCACCCUCUAUCUUCUCCUUUUCUAGUUGAAGCAGCAGAGGCGGCGUGUUGUAUCCAAACGGCGACAUUGUGGGCGAAUCUCGUUUGGUUGGUUGAUACGAAGUCGAUGGUUCCAUGUUAUCUUUAUUUAAACCAAGAUCCUGUUUCUGCCUCCUGAAUGGCCAUUGGAACGGACUCCAUGCAAUCUCGGCUAUUUUGUUGUGCAUUCUUUGCGGUAGAAUUGGACGUAACACUUUAACAAAAACUCGAUUUUGCCAGCCU